UGACAGCCUACGAAUUGGCCUGGAUGUGCGCACAGCAUUCAACCCCCUGGAUUGGGUGGCCAGAGAGGAUCCUGCACAAACGCUCUUAUACCCCAAUCCGGUGUAAUAUUGUUGUAGGUACCUAGUGAACAGUAGUACUUGGAUGGUGAGGCAUUCACCCGUCUUCAAUUGAUCUACCACCAUGCCGUUCAUCCAGACUGGCGGGAAGGAGCUGUACUACACCUGGAGCCAGGCAAAGACUACGGGUGAACAGCCUGGUCUGACCCUCCUCUUCCUCCACGGAUUGGGCUCAUCGAGCUCUUUCUAUGCGACCAUUAUUCCCAGGCUGCUUGAGGCAGGGUUAUCGUGCCUUGCAGUUGAUACAUACGGGAGCGGUCUGUCCAAGUUCACUGGUCAGGACCAAGACACCAGGACGAUUGCACAGGAUGCCCGACACCUGCUCUCAACGCUGGGCGUUGACCCGGGGCGCACUGUUGUUGUCGGGCACUCGAUGGGAUGCAUAGUCGCCAGCGAGUUGGCGAGUGACGGCAACUUCGCCGGCAUGGUGCUCCUGGGAGCCAUCAACCCGGAUCCAAAGUACCACGCCGCCUUUGGCAAGAGGAUCGAGACAGUGAAGGCCCAGGGCAUGGAAGCGAUGGCGAAUACCAUACCGACAGCUGCCACGGGGUCAAGAUCCAACUCGGUCCAUCACGCCUUUAUUAGGGCCCUCUUGUUGUCGCAGACAUCAGGUGGAUAUGUGUCGCUCUGCAAUGCCAUCGUUUCCGCAAGACGACCCGAUUAUGCUCGUAUCAGGUGUCCCGUACUCGUUGUAGCGGGGGAAGAAGAUAAGACGGCUAGCCUGGGUGAUGCAAAGGCGAUCAUUGCCAGCCUGGGAACCGAUCCCACAGCUGUCCAGCUGGAGAUCCUACCCGGUGUCGGGCAUUGGCAUUGUAUUGAGGGCGCGGAUGAGGUCGGGGCACUCGUAACCGAGUUCGGAAGAAGGAUAACGACAACGAUUAUACAAAAUUAAAGGUGCAUUAUUGAUUGAAACAGUACACGUAGAUGCUCCCUUGCGCCAUGAAUCUCCUACUCUGACCUGGGAGAUACUCUUAUUUCUUG